AUGUCUGUGCAUAGUACUUCUAUUGGAUUGUCAUAUGCACAAGGUUCUAUGGUAACCACUAUUCAGAGUGUUGCACAGGCUUUGGGAGGACCUAUAUUUUCAUUGUUAGCCACUCGUUUUGGAAAGGCCAAUAUUACCAAAACUGAUGCUAUCAGAGAUGAUAAUCAAUAUGCGAGCGAAAUUGAGUCCAAUAAAAUCCCUCCCGCUAAAUUAGGGGUAACUAAUCGGGAAGAAAAUACCAAAUCUCAAGAGGCUUUAGCCAAUUAUGAUGGAGAAUAUAAUAAGCAGGAUAUUAUUGAUCGUCCUCCAGAUGGUACUUUAUGGGGAUGGAUAAGUGCUUGCUGUGUUUGUUCUCUCAAUACUUUUAGCUGGGGAGCUAAUAGUGUUUUUGGAGUAUUUCUCGACUACUACGUCAAGUCCAAUCAUUUUCCAGGUGCUACCAUGGAGGAUUAUGCGCUCGUUGGAGGUCUUGGCUUAGGUCUAAGUUUUAUGCUCUGUAAUAUUGCCAAUAUUAUGGUGAGGCGUUACUAUUACAAGUAUGUUAUGGCUGUAGGUACUCUUUUGCUUGUUAUUUGCUAUAUGUGCGCUGCAGAAGCUACUAGUAUUGUUCAGCUCAUCAUGUUACAAGGACUUCUUCUUGCAAUAGCUUAUGCUUUGGCUGCCGGUCCCGGUUUCAUUAUUAUUCCUACUUGGUUCCUUAAGAAAAGAUCCAUGGCCAUGGGAAUUGCCACUAGUGGUGCUGGUUUAGCCGGAAUAAUUUUCAGCAGACCUGUUGAGGCCAUUAUUGAUAAAACGGGUAGCUAUAAAUGGGCCCUUAGAAUGAUCGGCAUUGUCUGUGGUAUUAUGCUAACCAUCAGUAUAAUUCUUAUCAGGUGUAGACGUAAUAUGAAAGUUGUUACGGGUCGUUCUCUUUGGCAUGAUAUUCUUACAAGCUUCACCAGAGGUGGUAUCUAUCGUCAGAAGCCCCUCCUAUAUUUGAUUGGGUGGAAUUUCUUUUAUAGUUUUCCGUACGCCAUUCUUCUCUUUUCGAUGUCUUCUUAUUCCACAGCAAUUGGUCUUACCUCUGCCCAGGGAGCUAAUAUUACUACAGUUCAAAGUGUGGCUCAAUGCAUAGGAAGGCCAUUGUUGGGUUUCCUGUCGGACUACUUUGGGAAAGUUAACGUUACUAUAGUUAUCACAGCUUUAGUUGGUGUCUUUUCAUUAUGUUGGUGGAUGUUUGUGAAAACUUACGCCAAUUUGAUCAUCUUUGCUUUCUUCGUAGGAGCAAUGCUCGGUGUCAAUUGGGUUAAUUUCGCUCCGUUAUGUGCAGAUCUUGUUGGUGGUGGGGAUGAUUUACUAUCGGCAGUUUCAUUUCUUUGCUUAGCCGGUGGCCCCCCUUUGAUUGUUUCCGAGAUUAUUGGAUUGAAGUUGAAAAGACCAAACGAUAGUCAACCAUAUUUGAAUUGUCAAAUACUCGUGGGGAUUAUGAGCAUCUGCAGUGCCGUUAUGUUGAUUCCUUUUAGAGAAUUUAAAAUACAUAGAAUGUUCGUUGCAAGACGUGAGUUGAUUGAGAAGAAAUCAAAAGAGAUUUUAGGCUGUGAAGAUCGUAAGAGAUUGAAUAGAUAUAACCUUCUCUUAGAGAAGAGUUCAAGGGGUUAUAUUAUCCGUUGUUUCUAUCCUAUUAAAGCUUAG